AUGGAAAAUUUCGAAUAUGAUUGGAUUCUAACAACCAACGGAAUUAUAGGGUUGCAAUUAGAUAUAUUGUUAACAUAUACAUAUUCUUCGAUAUCCAAUAUUAUGAUUCGCACAAGUGUACGCAGAGUUGUUGUUAACUCGAACAAAUUUGAUGUUCGUAGCAUCUCUAAUUCGUCGAUACGUUUUACUGUACCAAAUAAUCAAACACCACCACCAGUAAAAGUGCCAACGACCCCAGUUGUUGUUGUGGAAGGUGGAAAUAAAGGUGGUAACAAAGGAGGAAAUCAAGGACAAAAAAAGAAGUUUUCGUUGACGGGAUUGUUGUUUAAGACUGCGUUUUGGGCAUCGGUUGUUUAUGGGGGAACUUUAUUUGUUGCUACCAAAAAUGACAAGGUUAUGGAUUUCAUCAUCGACAAGCAGCCACCAUACUAUGAAGAGUUGUUGAAUGUGAUUGAACACGGGUCAAUUGAAGACUUGAAGAAGCAGUUGAAGGGAGCACAACAAAAGAUCUCUGAUUUUGACUUCAAGUUUCCAUCAAAGGCUAAGAUUGACGAAUUUACCCAUGAAUUGGAAUCGAGGGGUGAAAACUUGAUCGAGGAAACCAAGAAAAAAUUGGGAACGCAUUCUGGUGUUAGACCAAGACAACCGGUUUCAGAUGAGACUUCUGCCCCUACACCAGCAGAACAAUUACAGAAGCCAGUUGAGACUGUCCAUAGGAGCGUUGAGCAUUUACCAUUAAUUCAAUUAGACAAAGGCAUUGCUUCCUCUGUUGAUUCUUCAAUUAAGUCCACCAUAAAGUCUUUUAAUGAUUUAAUCUUAUCCAUUGAUGCUGGUUCGCACACUGGUUCUAAGAACGAAUCAUUGAUCAGAGAAAUUACCGAAAACGUUAGCAAGUUAUCCAGCAAAUUGAACUCAUUGACCCUGAGUUUUGACGAAGAAUUGCAAAGCAAAUUAAAAAUAUCGCAAAGUGAAUUGUUAUCAUCUUAUACCAAGAAAGAAUUGGAAUUGACUGAAAACUUGUUACACCAAUUCCACCACGAAAAGGCGCAAAUGGAGAAGAAACUUGGCUCUAGAUUGAACCAGGAAAUCGAAGCUACUAAGCAGACUAUUUCUCAGGCCGCUGUUAACGCUGUGUCGAUGAUGAGAGUUGAACAAACUAAAAAUUUCGAAAAAUUAAUCAAAGAUAAAAUCGAUCAAGAAAGAGAUGGUAGAUUAGCCAACUUGGAAAAGUUGAACUCUAGAGUAACCGAUUUAGAAAACUUUUCAACUGCUUUAGAAUCUCAAUUGGUCACUAACCAUCAAAAGUCAUUAAUCCAACAAUCUUUAACUAAGUUGAAAACAUUAUUGUUAGGUACAUCUUCAGAACUGGAAAAGCCAAGAUUGAUCAGCCCUUAUGUUGAAAACUUAGCAAAGAUUUCUUCCGAAUCGAACGAUGAAUUGAUAGCCUUGGCCUUGCAAGACUUACAGCCAUUACUUUCUAGAGAAUCAACGCACUCCAUUUUGUCCACUCCUCAAUUGUUAACCCGUUGGGAACAAUUGGUUCCUGAAUUAAGAUCUGCAUCUUUAUUACCUCCAAAUGCAGGUUUAUUGGGCCACUUGUCCUCAAUGCUUUUCUCCAAGUUAUUAUUCCCUGUUAAAGGUGCUAAGCCAGAUGGCAAAGACAUUGAAUCAGUUAUUGGUAGAGUAGAAUCUAGUUUAGCCAGAGGCGAAUUAGAUGUUGCCGUUGAAGAAGUUGCUAACUUAAAGGGUUGGUCAAGAAAGUUGGCUGAUGACUGGGUCAAGGAAGGUAGAAAGAGAUUAGAAAUUGAAUUUUUGAUGAAGAUUAUCGAUGCUGAGUCAAAAAUUUUAUAA